GCCACCAUGUCCAGCCAGCCGAAGAUGUCCUCCGAGAUGGGAGCGGCCGAGCAGUACGAAAUGGAGCAGCUCGCCGAGGCGGAAAGCAACCGGCUGCACAAGCUGCUCCGCAGUCUGGAGAUCGAGCGGGCCUCGUUUCUGGAUGCGAAGAACAAAGCUAUGCGCAAGUUUCGUGCCAACAUGCGAACGCUGGAGAAGGAGAAACAGCAGCUGCAUCUACAGCUGGACUGCGAGGAGCACGGAGUGCACUCAAAGCGGGAAACGGAGAUGGAAUCGGUGCUGGAGGUGACGUACGAGAAGCAGGAGAAGGGGAGUCAAAAUUUGAAAACGAAAAAGGAUGGACUGCGGGAGUUGGAGAGUCACAUCCGGAAGAUACACCGGGAAAUAGCGGAAAUUCGGAAGAAUGAGAUGACCGACAUCCGGUACAAUCAGACGAUUGCGAAGGCGCAGCAAUCGGUAAGGAAGCUGGAGAAUCGGUUGGACGUAGUGAAUAAGAAGGCUGGGGUUGCCAUGGCGGAGAAUUCCCAACUGAGGCAAACCAUCGACCACAUGCUAACGGAGAGGGCCACGUUCAACAUCAUGUGGGAGAAGUUGGUUGCGAAGCUGAACGAGGGAAAGCGUUAUAUGAUGGAUUUGAUCGAUCAAGCAACGUCCGCGUACGAUACACGGGAGGAGCUGUGCACCAAGUUGCAGAUCUUGAAGGACAAGGGACAGAGCGAAAAGAUAACGCACGUUCAGGAGAUGCGGGAAAUGCAACGGAAAUUGGAUCACGAUGCAAAGCUGCAGGAAUUCCUCAGCAUCAAGGGUCAGCGGCGUUCGAAUGCAGAAUUGGAGGAACGGGAGGCCCAGAAGAGGCAGAAAAUGCUGGAGAACCUGGAGAAGCAGUACACGGAAUACGAGCAGAUCAUGUCGCGGAUUAUGGCCUUCUCCGGAGAGGACGACAUCGACCGCCUGGUGGCAAAGUUUAUCAAGAAGGAGGAGGAGAACUUUGCCUUGUUCAACUACGUGAACGAGCUGAGCCACGAGGUGGAAACGUUGACCGAGAGCGUCCAGCUGCUGCAGGAUAAGAUCACCGAGCAAAUUGCCAUCAACGAAUCGAAGGUAAACUCCCAAGAUGACAACAUUGACGCCUUGCGCUUGGAGGACGAAGAAAGCAAGGAAGCGGCGGACUCGGCCUUCGAAAUCAAACAGGUCUGGGACGUCAAACUGGACGAACUGCUCCGAACUGCCGAGCGGAUAUACAAGUUGCUCCUGUGUGACGAGGCACCGAUCCUGAACCUGCUGAACAACGAACGCAAGGUUACGCUCAACAAUGCCAAGCUCUUCCUGGGAAUCAUCGAACGUCGCGUUGCCAACAUCAUCAGCAACGUCAACUACGUGGAACCGACGACGAAGAUCCUGGGCAAGAAGGAUCGCGUACCGAACUUUAACGUCAAGGAAUCGGCCAAGAUUCGGAUCGAUAAAAGCUAAGGUCCUUUUACAGUUCAUUAUUUACAGCGGUAUCGUUUUAUUUUGGGUUACAUUGGGGGGUUUGAAAUAAGUUUAAUGAAUCUCAUUGUGUGAUUAUUGCGCGAACAGCUUCCUGAUUUUGUAGACGAAGUGUUUGUUGCUUAGCGUAACAUUGUUCGGUUGAAAUGAUUUCCUUUUUCUAAUAAAUACGUAUUGGUGUGGCGUGGAAAUCAUUUAAUUUAAAUCGACAGAGUGUUGCUCUAACUGACAACUAGUAUACCAUAAGAUAGUAAGUCU